AUGGAGGAGAACGGGGCUGCCUAUAGCAGCAGUUCUGGUUUAUGCUGGCUUCAAGUGAUUGUGAAAAUGCAGCAUGGUGUAGUAGCAGUUUCCCCCAGGAAAGAAACCCCAUCUCCUUCCUUGGUGAAAGACAGAGCAGACACACUGAUCAUUGGAGGUGGUUGCGUUGGUGUGAGUCUAGCCUAUCACUUGGCUAAGGCUGGCUUGAAAGAUGUUGUUCUGCUAGAAAAAUCUGAGCUCACUGCAGGAUCUACCUGGCAUGCAGCUGGUUUAACUACUUAUUUUCAUCCUGGAAUAAACCUGAAGAAAAUCCAUUCUUACAGCAUCAAACUCUAUGAAAAGCUGGAAGAAGAGACUGGACAGGCUGUGGGUUUUCAUCAGCCUGGCAGCAUCAGAAUUGCUUCUACCCCUACUAGGGUGGAUGAGUUCAAAUACCAAAUGACUCGUGCUGGUUGGCACCCAACAGAGCAGUAUCUAAUCACGCCUGAGAAAGUACAAGAGCUAUUUCCCUUACUGAACAUGGAUACGGUUUUAGCUGGCCUGUAUAACCCUGGAGAUGGUCAUAUUGAUCCCUAUUCUCUCACUAUGGCCUUGGCUGCAGGAGCCAGAAAAUAUGGUGCCCAACUAAAUUAUCCUGUCCAAGUGACUAAUCUGAACUACCGAUCAGAUGGGACCUGGGAAGUUGAAACUCCACUUGGAAUAAUUCAAGCAAAGAGAAUUGUGAAUACUGCAGGCUUCUGGGCCCGUGACAUAGGCAAGAUGAUUGGCCUGCAGCACCCUCUCAUACCUGUUCAUCAUCAGUAUGUUGUGACAUCAACUAUCCCUGAAGUGAAAGCCCUGAAAACAGAAUUGCCUGUGAUUCGUGACUUAGAAGGAUCAUAUUAUUUGAGGCAAGAAAGGGAUGGUCUUUUAUUUGGUCCAUAUGAAAGUGAGGAGAAGAUGAAGCUGCAGGACUCAUGGGUAACAAAUGGAGUCCCACCAGGUUUUGGAAAAGAACUUUUUGAGUCUGAUUUAGACAGAAUAAUGGAGCAUAUUGAAGCUGCUAUGGAAAUGGUCCCCGUUCUGAAAAAAGCAGACAUCGUAAACACAAUUGCAGGUCCUAUCACCUAUUCUCCGGACAUUCUCCCUAUGGUAGGACCACAUCAGGGUGUCAGAAAUUACUGGGUUGCUAUUGGUUUCGGGUAUGGCAUUAUACAUGCUGGUGGCAUAGGAAAGUACCUCAGUGACUGGAUGCUUGAGGGGGAGCCUCCAUUUGACCUGAUAGAAUUAGAUCCCAACCGCUAUGGGAAGUGGACCACCACAGAAUACACAGCAGCCAAAGCAAGAGAAUCUUAUGGUUUUAAUAACAUUGUUGGUUAUCCUAAAGAAGAAAGAUUUGCUGGGAGACCAACAGAGAGAACCAGUGGUCUGUAUGAUUUGCUGAAGUCAAAAUGUUCAAUGGGCUUUCAUGCAGGAUGGGAGCAACCUCAUUGGUUCUACAAACAUGGAGAUGAGACUGGAUACAAACCCAGUUUUCGGCGCACAAAUUGGUUUGACCCUGUGGGUCGUGAGUAUAAACAGGUUAUGGAAAAAGUCGGUGUGAUUGACCUGUCACCAUUUGGCAAGUUUAAAGUAAAAGGCACAGAUUCUGUUAAGCUGCUGGAUCAUCUAUUUGCAAAUGUUGUUCCAAAGGUGGGUUCCACAAAUAUAAGCCAUAUGCUAACACCAAGAGGAAAAGUUUAUGCUGAACUAACAGUUUCUCAACUGUAUCCUGAAGAAUUUAUGCUUGUAACCGGCUCGGGGUCAGAACUCCAUGAUCUGAG